AUGGGGGAGGAGAAUAUUGUUGCGAAUAAAUACAUCAAAGGCCUGGAGAAUGGCACAUCUGAGGAAUGUUGGGGCCUCGUGCUCAUCACCAAUUUCCCAUGCGACCCAUCGAUGCAGGACGCAUACGAGAGUUUAGCAAAUGACAUCAAGAAUGAGCCAAUGUUCAAAGAUGCUUAUGUUUAUCCCUUCUCAACACUCCACACAACACUUUUGACGUGUUACUCCUUCACCCGGCCUCCAUUAGGCAGUCAGGAACUUAAGGAGGCAAGGCAAGAUCUGCUGAUAGAGCAUGCGAUGUCUCAUCCGGAAUGGCCGAGGGGCAAGAUAAAGCUGCGCUGCAAGGAGGCAGUAGCCUAUCCCGACGCGGUAGUUCUCAUGUACGAUGACGUGGACAAGGCGAUCGAGAACAUUCGGCGGAUUUUGAAGGAAGAGGCUGAGAAUAAGCUUCCGCAGAUGGGCUACAAGAACAUCGACGUUUCUUUAGCUCACUUCCCGACGAUUAUGCACAGCACCGUGGCGAGACACCCCGGACUGCAAGUUUUCCCAAGUGAAGGUGUCGAUGACUUGGAGGCGGCGGGUCACCGUGAGAUUGAGCUCGCUAGACAGGAGUGCUUUGAUAGCAUCAUGCGCAAGAAUUGGCCCUCGGAGGGUUUGGCGGUCUCUGCGGAGAAGAUGCACCUUGUGGUGGAGAAAGUGCCUUACAUGCAUCCGCCGCAGAAUCUCCAUUCUACUUGGAAUCUCAUCUAG